AUGUAUAAUAAUGUCAGCAAAGAAAAAUGUAUUUAUAAAUUAAUGAAAAGUAUGUAUAAAAUUGAUAUGAAUAUUAUAUAUUUCAGCCUAAGUUAAAUCUAGAUAUCACAUUUUUCUAAAAAAUAUACAAUAGAAUAAAAUAUAGAAAAUUUUUCUAGCAAAAAUUGCGACUUUUACGAUAUAUUGUGUAUUUAUCUUUGGAAAGAGUAAUAUUAAAAAUUAAUUUUCAAGAUUCUAAUAUAAAUAUAUAGUUCAACUGAAUGAAGUUAAAUAGAUCCAAAAUCCACUACAAGGAAUGGUUACUAAUGAAACCAAAUGAAACUGCUUUUGUAUAAUUACAUUUUAUUCUAAACAUAUAAAAAAUAUUACUGAAUAUUAAGUAAUGUUGCAUAUGUUACAAGUUUUAUAUUACAUCAAAUUACAACUUGUAAAUCUAUUACAAAUAAAUAGAAAUAUAUGGUUUGUGCAUAUACAUAUUUCCAUGUAUAUAAAUAUUGUAAGAAGUAUUAUUUUUGCGAGAAAAUUAAAAUUACAUAUUUACAUGGAGAAGUUAGACCAAAGCUUGAAGGUUUAAAGGAGAUUUAGUUGGAUAUCACAUAAGAAAUAAUUUUCCAUGGUGAUAGAAUACAUUGAACUUUUUGUUUUAGGCUGUGCAUGUUUUUUUUUUUUUUAAUUAAAAACAAUGUAAUAUUUUGUUUGUAUUUUAUUCUUGUCAAUCAUUUGAAAAUGAGAGCAUUGUUUACAUUUACAUAUUCAAACAAAAACAGGAAACUUUUGUAUUUAUGAUAUAUAUGAAUGUGAGUCAUGAAUGUGUGUACGUAUUUAUACAUAAUGUACAUAUAUAUUAAAUGUGUCAGAGUAGUUGUACAUACUAAUGUAUUGACUUUGUUUGUAAUAAAUUGACAUGUUACAAGUUUUAUCUGCUUUUUAUUUAUGCAAAAUAAAAAAAAUUCAUUAGAGAAAAUUUAUCGAUGGAAUUUCUGUAUAUAUCUUCAGUUAUAAAAGAAAUAUUGUUGAGAUCUUAAUUUUUAAUAUUUAUAGAGUUGGAGAAAAUUGAUAUAAAUUUAACUUCACAUAUUGUAUAAAAAAAUAGAUAAAUAAUCUGUAUUUUUGUUGUUAAAUAGAUUUUUUUGGAAAAUCGAACAAAUUUAUAUCUUCAAUGUGAAACAUUUAUUUUGUGUUUAUAGAUCUAUUUAAAUUUGAAUUCCUGUCAACAAAUUAUUCAUAAAAAAAAAAGUUCAAGGAUUUUUAAUUUAUUUUAAAAUAUACCUUUAUUUUGUAUAAAAGAUUAAUUUUUUUAUUUACAUGUGUUUCAAAUGUACUACAUAUAUUGAUAUUAAUAGUAGAGCAGAAAUUACGUACUUGCGAUACAGCUAUUAUUAUAAGCAGUCGUCGCAAAUCUAAUAUCAGUAUGAAUCCACCUUUAAUAAUGUACUUUCAUAGAAAUGUCGUUAUUAAAUUUGAACGAAAUAAUUCGUAUACUUACGAGUGAUUGUCGAAUUUCUCACUAAUUUCUUAAAAGAAAAAUAUAUAUUUAUUUGUGUGUAUUUAUUUAUGUAUAUAUUUGUAAAUAAUAAAUAAUUCGUAUACAGUGUAUAACAAUUCAAGAAUUAUAUCGUUACGGUGAUUUGGAAAAACAACAUUUCUUUAUAUAAUUUCUAACUGAAAACAUAACAGAGAAUAAUAUAUAUCUAUGAUUUGACACGAGAAUUAAUUUUUGUUGGUAUUUUCUAGGGUUGAUGGUUGAUUACUGUUCUAGGUUAUUUGAACGUUAUUCUAUAGUUGCAUAUUGUUCGAUAUCAUCCAAUUAAAAUUUAUUCAAAACGUAGAGAAUAUGAAUCUAUUACCAAAAUCGACUGAAGAAUUUAGCCAAGUUGAUUAUUGGAAUACAUUUUUCAAAAAACGUGGUAAAAAGAAUUUUGAAUGAAAUAUUACUAAUAUUGAUAUAUCACAUAUUGUUAUCAAACAAAUGCGUGAUAUAAAUGCAACUAUGAGACCAAAAUUAGUUUACUUACAUAUGGAUGCUACACAAAUGACAUUUGCUGAUAAUGCAUUUAGUGUUGUUUUGGAUAAAGGCACUUUGGAUACUCUUAUGCCUAAAGAAGGGACAAUAUCUAAUGUUAGCAAAUAUUUUAAGGAAAUUACAAGAAUUUUACGUAAUGGUGGCAGAUACAUAUGUAUCUCUUUAUUACAGGAACAUAUUUUAAGAGAACUUUUAUCCUAUUUUCCAAAUAAUGGUUUUAUGUUUCGUAUAGUACGUUGUCAUGAAGCAGAAGAAAAAACACGACUUGAAGAUGGAAGUUCAAUCCCAGUUUUUGCAGUAAUUGCUACAAAGAUAACAAAUUUAUCACAGACUGUUCUGGAAAUAGCAUUAGCUGAUGCUCCACCAAAGCGAUUAUCAUCAAUAGAUGAUAUAAUAUCAGCUAUACUGUCAGUGCAACAGUCUGCAUUUAUUUUUAACACACUUCAAAAGCGUAGUGUGGCUGAUAUUGGAGAAAUUUCACUAAAUUUGAAUUCUCCUGAUAAUAAGCAUCCACGUUUCACAAUAUAUGUUUUAGAUCAGCUUAAGAUACAUGGUUCAAAAAGUUAUGCCGCUUUUAUAGUACCACAAGGAAAAGAAACAGACUGGUUGUUUAGUACAAAGGAGGGCAGACAACAGGUUCUUAAAAGCUCCCAACGUGAUAGACUUGCUAUUGUCACGUUAUGCAGGGAACAUAAAUUUGAAAGUUGGGAUGCUGUAAAAACUGAAAUCGAAAAUUGCAUUUUGAAUUUAGCACCAGAAGGUUUAUCUGGAAAAAAUGAUAUUCCAUUCCUAUCAUUGGGUACAGAUAUUGGGGUCAGAAAAAUAUGUAUCGAAGGAGAAAGCAAGCUGAGUGGUCCUUUUGUUGUUGAAGAGAUUGAAAGAGAUGGCAAUGAAUUUAGAAGACUAAUUUUUCUAAAUAAUCCAUAUGUUAUUCAAAGUGAAGCUCGUCUUAAAGAAGCUAAAUCUAGACGAGGUAAAAUGAAAAAAGUUGUUGAUCCUGGUUUUUUAGCAUGCGAUCAUCAUAUAUACAUGAGCAUUGGUACUAGUGCUGUUAUAAAUUCUAAAGAAUGUGAUGAAAUAAUGGUCGUAGGUUUAGGAGGAGGUGGAUUGUGUACAUUUUUAUAUAACUGUUUUCCCAAGUUAAGAAUUACCGCAGUCGAAAUUGAUGAAAAAGUGUUAAAAGUCGCCACUGACUAUUUCGGUCUUAUUCUUGACAAUAGAAUGAAAGUUGAAAUUGCGGACGGUAUUCAAGUUAUCAAAGAUGGUGCAUCGAAUGGCAGAAAAUACAAAGCUAUACUUUUUGAUAUAGACAGUAAAGAUACCACAGUUGGAAUGAGUUGUCCACCUAAACAGUUCAUAGAAAUACCUGUUAUAAAAUCAGUUGCAAAAUGUUUAACGAGUGGCGGUCUUUUCAUUCUAAAUUUAGUUAGUCGAGAUGAAAAUAUCAAAAAAACAGUAAAAAAUGAUCUAAAGUCUAUAUUUCAAUCCCUGGCAUGUUAUUCUGUACAGGAUGAAGUAAAUGAAGUUAUAAUAUGUUCUUUGAAUGAAAUUGAUGAUAUCGAGUGGAAACAUAUAUUACAAAAGGCUGUAUCAGUUUUAAGCGAACAAAUGUCUACGAGAAAAUUAUUAAAUGACGCAAAUAUGUUUGAGUUAUCGACCUUGAUGGAAAGUCUGCAUGAGAUAUAACUUAACGCAAACGAGACUAUUCAGGAUCUAAAUUCUAAACAGCAGCCACAUGGAGCGUUCACGCUUGCCAGAAUAAAUUAACGGAAUAAAAAGUCAAAGAUACCUUGAUGAUACCCCAUUGUGCUUCUAGUUUCUGGCAAUUUAUGCGCAUUUAAAAAUUUUCGACAAGCUAAACACGGGCGCAACGUAUUGAAUAAUCGAGAAUCGGGAACCCUUGGCUAGUCGGAGGACAUUUUUCUUCGAAUCUUUUUGAAGAGGAGUUGAUUCUGGAAUCAUUUUUGAAAGAAAUUCGAUCGUCUGGAAAUCAUAGAAUCGUAAUAAUUCUCAAAACGUUGAGAACGAAGGGAAGCGCAUAAACAGAUUAGAAACUUUGCCGAUUCAAGACGUGUGAACUUUUUACAAAAAUAUCGAUCGAGAAAUCUCAAAUGUUUUUAUUUGUUUGUUUGAAAUAAUCAUGAUUAAUCCUUGCAAAGAAUCGUAAUUGAUACAAAUGUAACAAUUCUAUCUUGCGUAAGAUAAAAUUUGAACGACAAGAAAAAGAUUUAUACACGUGAUGAUCAGUGGUACACUGUGACAUUUUUAUCGUUCGUCAGUUUAAUUAGAACGAGAGUUCAAGAGACAGAAGUGAUUUUGUAAGAAAAAGAAAAUUCAGACUAACGAAGCUACUUGUUAUAGGGGAGAAACAGCAGGUGGUAUCACUUUCAGAACGAUGAAAAAAAAUGUGUAACGGCGAACUUUCACCGGUUAAUGAAGCGUUAAUGCAACAAACGGCAUGCCUGUGGUUAAAAUUUAACUUAAUAAGUACAAAGUGUCGCCGUCCUAGUCACGCAUCCGUCUUGGAAUAAUUAUUUAUUAAUUAAGAUUUCGUACUUGCUUUCCCACCAGAUGAGUAUUCGACUAAAAGAAAACAUCAACUCUAUAAAUACAUCAAAGUCGUAUAAUUAUGAUUUCUUUCAAACAAAUUAAUCUCGAAGGUCUAUCUCUACUCUUUCAUCCUAAUCGAAUUCCAUUCUUUAGAUCAAAAAGUAUUACAAAAAAGCAAAUGAAGAAGACUGUGAGGACACUUGCAACAGCAUUUUGAUUGCUUCGACAAAUAAAUCUUUAACAAAAGAAACGAAGAUAUUAAUAAUUUUCUCUAGUUGUAGCUAUUCGCUAUAAGGAAACUUUUAAGUCAACGAUCAGCAUUAACAAAUCUAUUUUUUAGCUGUUUUUGGAAUUUGGUAGCUCAGAAAAGAAGGGAAAAUGGUAUCAAUAAUAGUAAAACAUCCCUGUAAUGAAGCACAAUCAACGAACAAGCAAAUACGUGUGCUGGCAGAGUAACGGAGGCGUAUAAAUCUCGGUUAUGGUAGUAGAAUAAAGUUCGAAUGUAAUCCUAGUAUAUGGUCAAAACACAGAAAACCACGAAUUUCGUGAGAACAGAUUCUGUGGAUAAAUUAAAUAAAGAUCAUUGAAGAUUCUUUGAUUCUUUAAAUUAUACAGAUCAUUGAAGAUUGUUUAAUUCUUUAAAUUAUAAAGAUCAUUGAAGAUUCUUUGA